AUGGGUAUAGUAACAGAGUCAUCACAGUUCCAUGUUUUGGCUGUUGAUGAUAGUCUCUUUGAUCGGAAAAUGAUAGAGAGAUUGCUCCAAAAGUCUUCGUGUCAAGUAACUACAGUUGACUCAGGCUCUAAAGCUCUCGAAUUUCUUGGUUUGAGAGAAAGUGACGAUAUCAACGACCCAAAUGCGCCCUCUACAUCACCCCAAACUCAUCAGGAAGUUGAAAUAAAUCUCAUAAUUACAGAUUACUGUAUGCCUGGCAUGACUGGUUAUGAUUUGCUCAAGAAAGUUAAGGAAUCAGCAGCGUUUAAAAGCAUUCCCGUUGUAAUAAUGUCAUCUGAGAACGUUCCUGCUAGAAUCUCCAGAUGUUUGGAAGAAGGAGCUGAAGAGUUUUUCUUGAAACCAGUAAAGUUGGCUGAUCUUACAAAGUUGAAACCUCAUAUGAUGAAAACCAAACUGAAGAAAGAAAGUGAGAAACUAGCCAAAGAAGAGAACGCACUUUUGAUACCGGUUAUAGAAGAAGAUUCAUCAGUAAUUGAAAUCUUGCCUCUCAGUCAAGAACUUGAAUCCGAACAACAUGAACCAAUGUUGAGUAGUAACAAGAGGAAAGCUAUGGAAGAAGUGAUAUCUACAGAUCGAUCACGUCCUAAAUACAAUGAUAUCACGACAUCGGUCUAA